CACACACACACACACACACACACACACACACACACACACACACACACACACACACACACAACAAACCACAGACACAAGAACAGCUUUGAGUCCGGGAAUGGAGUUAAUUCUGAUAAUGUAUUGUGGAGUUUGAGAAUCAGAUGGGUGAAAAGGGCAGGUAUGAGACUCCACCCACCUCCGAGCUCCACAGGUUAUUGUGGCUCAAACCCGCCACUAGCAACCAUCUUGAUGAGGUCAGACCAGGCAUCUACAUCGGAGACCUAUACGCAGCUAAAGACAGAUCCCUGUUACAGGCACUGAACAUCAGUCACGUGUUAAAUGCAGCUCACGGUAAAUACAAUGUAAAUACAGGAGAGAGUUUCUAUAGAAGCACCAACAUCAUGUACCACGGCGUGGAGGCCUUCGACACGCCCUCCUUCGACAUGAGCCCCUUCUUCUACAGUGCCGCCAAGUUCAUUAAGAACGCACUAAGCACUCCUGGAGGUAAGGUGUUUGUGCACUGUGCGAUGGGUCUGAGUCGCUCGGCCACUCUGGUCCUCGCCUACCUGAUGAUUGAGGAGAAGAUGACACUGGCGGAGGCCAUUACUGCUGUAGCAAAAAAAAGGAACAUCUGUCCCAACACAGGCUUCAUGGAGCAGCUACGCACACUCGACACACAACUGCGGAACUAACAC